AUCAGUAAGCUAUGGUUUUAAGUUACUCAUUAUUAUCUUGGUUUCUUCCAUCCCUCAGGUGCAUUUGGUGUCAGAAAACUGUCCAUGAUGAGUGCAUGAGAAGUAGCUUAAAGAACGAAACAUGUGAUUUUGGAGAAUUCAGAAACCUCAUCAUUCCACCCAGUUACUUAACCUCUAUUAAUCAGAUGCGUAAAGACAAAAAAACAGAUUAUGCAAUGCUAGCCUCUAAGCUUGGGAAGCAAUGGACUCCAUUAAUAAUCCUGGCCAACUCUCGUAGUGGAACUAACAUGGGAGAUGGACUAUUGGGAGAAUUCAGGAUCCUUCUAAACCCAGUCCAGGUUUUUGAUGUAACUAAAACUCCCCCCAUCAAAGCCCUGCAACUUUGUACUCUUCUUCCUUAUCACUCAGCUCGAGUACUUGUGUGUGGAGGGGAUGGGACUGUGGGCUGGGUCCUGGAUGCCAUUGAUGAAAUGAAGAUUAAGGGGCAAGAAAAAUACAUCCCACAAGUUGCAGUCUUGCCUCUGGGAACAGGCAACGAUCUAUCCAAUACAUUGGGCUGGGGCACAAGUUACACGGGUGAAAUCCCAGUUGCCCAGGUCUUAAGAAAUGUGAUGGAAGCAGAUGGAAUUAAACUGGACAGAUGGAAAGUUCAAGUAACAAAUAAAGGAUACUACAACCUGAGAAAACCCAAGGAAUUCACAAUGAACAACUACUUUUCUGUUGGACCUGAUGCUCUCAUGGCUCUCAAUUUUCACGCUCAUCGCGAGAAGGCACCAUCUCUGUUUUCUAGCAGAAUUCUUAAUAAGGUGUGUUGGAUAAAAUAACAUUUCCUGCUUACA